AUGCGCAACUCUCCUCCGUCGAAAAGCAGUUCAAAUGUUUCCAUCCGAGGAGGUGCUUCUGAACUUCCAACGAAACGCAAAAGCACAACUAUUGUCGGCACAGUGCUUGGUAUUGUUAGUGCUCUCGCCGUUGCUUUGGGUAUCUUUUCAGUUUUCAUCUGGCGAAGGCGUCAGACGGAUAGGUACGCAGAUUCCUCGGACUCUUUUCUUAGAAUGUUUAGUUACAAGGAAUUGAAGAUUGCAACCAGGAAUUUCAAGUCUCAGUUGGGGAGAGGAGGAUUCGGUUCAGUGUUCAAAGGAUCUCUACCAGACGGUACAAUUGUGGCCGUAAAAAGAAUGGAGUGUUCACGACAAGAUGAGAAGCAAUUCCGAGCGGAAAUUAGAUCUCUUGGGAACAUACAUCAUAUGAAUUUGGUAAGGCUUCGGGGAUUUUGUGCACAAGGAUCGAGACGGCUGUUGGUUCAUGAUUACAUGCCCAACGGUUCUCUAAAUUCUUUUCUGUUCACAAGUCAGUCUAAAAGUAAACGGAGGGUACUCGACUGGAAGACUCGAUUGGAGAUCGCGUUAGGCACUGCAAGAGGGUUACAUUAUCUCCACGAAGAAUGCCGAGAUUGCAUCAUUCACGGCGAUGUCAAGCCCGAAAACAUUCUGCUGGACAGUAAUUUGUCACCCAAGUUAGCGGAUUUCGGGCUGUCAAGGCUUGUGGGUAGAGAUUUUAGCCGUGUGCUGACCACUACAAGAGGAACGAGAGGGGCUGUAACUCAAAUUCAGCAGGGGAAGACAAUUAAUGUUGUGGAGAAGGAUGUUGUAGAGGCGGCAGACAUGGAAGAGGUGAGAAGAGCAUGUGUUAUAGUGUUGUUAUGCAUUCAAGAGGACGACGAAGUAAGGCCAAGCAUGAGGCAAGUGGUGCAGAUGCUAGAAGGGAAGAUGGAGCCUCAACCUCCGCAGAUUCCAAGCUAUGCGUUUAUGGACAAGCAUGUAGACCAAAGCGACAUUGACAGCUAUGGAAGUUACAGUCACUCGGUACUGAGUGGUUUGCUAGUGUAG